AUGAAAUAUGGCUACCCUGGAGAAAUGCAUGAGAUUCAAACAAAAGAUGGAUACAUAUUAACACUCCACAGGAUACCACAUAACGGUACAAAUUUGAACGCAAACAGACCUGUGGUAUUGUUACAACACGGUAUUGUUUUAUCAUCUGAUCAAUGGGUUCUUCGUGGUACUCAAGACCUUGUUUUUCAAUUGUCGAAACAAGGAUAUGAUGUUUGGAUGAGUAACACAAGAGACGAAUUGGGUAACAUUGAUUUACCGGCAAUUAUAGAUUACGUAUUACAAGUAACGAAAAAAUCUCAUCUCACAUACGUGGGUCAUUCUCGUGGUGUGGCAAUGGCGGUUAUUUUGCUGUCGUCACAACCGGAAUAUAAUUCUAAAAUAAAUUUAUUUGUCGGCAUCGCACCGGUUAUUUAUUCGAAAGAAGCAAAAUGCAUCAUUUACGAAUUUGCCGGAAAUCGUCCUAAUGCUAUCAUGAGAGUCUCCACUCUACAGGAAAUAUUUCGAAAAGGAAAAGUUCGUAAUGUGCUUUCGACGACAAAAACAACGAGAUUAAUGAUAAAUUCUCUAUGUAAAACGAGUCCGAUAUUACAAAAUCUUUGCUUAUCGAUGUCGUUUUUCAUCAACGGUGAAGAUUUUCAAAUGUUUAACAAGUCUUUGAUGCCUAUGAUGCUCUCACAUUUCACGUUGGGUGUAGGUGGUAAAGAAUUAAUACACCUUCUUCAAAUAUCCGAAUCUGAUGUGUUUCGUCCGUUCGAUUAUGGAAGACAAUUAAAUAUUAAAUAUUAUGGUAAAACAAUGCCGGAACCUUACAAUUUGACGAAAAUAACAACGCCGGUGUUUUUAUAUUACGGACCCAAUGAUUUUUUCGUUAGCGAAAGGGAUUUGUUUAAAUUUGCACGAGAAUUACCGAAUUUUAUCGGAUAUUAUAAAAUACCUUAUAAUAAAUUUAAUCACAUAGAUUACAUAUUUGCCAAUAAUGCAAACGAUCUUUUUUUCCCACACAUAAUUCAUUUACUUAACUUAUACAACAACGAAGAGAAAUAUUUCAUACAGUGA